AUCUCUUCAGUUAGUUUCCUUCCUCGUAACGUUCAACAAGCAUCGGUCAAUCCUCGGGUUUAAUCGAGAUUAAUAAAUAACCUUGAUAAUAUAGUGUAAUCAACAAUAAUAAUAAUAAUAAUAAUAUAAUAUUAAAAAAAAAGGAAACAAUAUGCGAAUCCUCGUAUCAUUUUGUUUGGCAUUUAUAAUCAGCCAAAGUUCAUUAAUCGAUGGAUAUAGAAUUUUGGGUUUAUUUCCACUUGCUGGUAAAAGUCAUUGGGUCAUGAUGGAAGCAUUAAUGGUUGGAUUGGCUGAACGUGGUCAUCAAGUAGACGUAUUAACACAAUUUAAAAUUAAAAAUCCUCAUCCUAAUUACAACGAAAUUCUUCUUAAAAAUGAAGUUGGUAGUCCGGUGAACAAUGUAACUGCACAUGAUACAAAACGAUUUAGUAGUUUAAAUAUGGAACAUCUUACGUAUAUUGCUGGUUAUAAAAUAUGCAUGUUAAUGGAACAACCACCAAUCAAAAGUAUUAUAACAAAUCCACCAAAGGAUCCACCUUACGAUCUUGUUAUUAUCGAGUUGUUCGCUGCCCAUUGUUAUUUAGCAUUUGGUCGUCAUUUAAAAGUACCAAUAGUCGGUGUAAUGAGUUCACCUUUCCACGAUUGGAGUAGUCAUUGGAUUGGUGUACCCAACGAAGGUGCUUACGUACCAAACAUUUUUUCAGGUUUCAGUCAAAAAAUGUCAUUCGUCGAAAGAUUGACCAACACAUUUAUGAUACAUUUCUUGCAAUUGCAAAUUGAUUAUCAUGUUAAUAAACAAAAUGAAAUAACUAAACAAUAUUUUGGUAUCGAUGCAACUACCUCAGAUCUUUUUCAAGAUCUUUCAUUGGUGUUAGUUAAUUCUCAUCAUAGUUUACACGGAAUCAGAUCAUUCCCACAUUCAGUUAUUGAAGUUGGUGGAUUACAUUUGUCCAAUAACAAUACUGACCCACUUCAACCGGAAGUACAAAAAUGGUUAGACGACAGCAAAGAUGGAUGCAUUUAUUUCACAUUCGGUUCAAUGGUCAGAAUCGAAACAUUCCCAAAAGAAAUGAUUGAAAUGUUUUACAAGUCGUUCGAAAAAAUUGCACCCACAAGGGUAUUGAUGAAGGUUGCUAAAAAAGAAGAAUUGUUACCCGGUUUACCGAAAAAUGUUAUGACCCAAAGUUGGUUUUCGCAAAUUCCUGUACUGAAACACAAAAACACACGAGCAUUCAUAACCCACGGUGGUCUUAUGGGAACUACCGAAUCAAUAUUCUAUGGAAUUCCCAUGAUUGGUAUACCACUUUUUGGCGAUCAAAGUGUAAACAUACAAAAUUAUGUUAAUAGAAAGGUAGCCAUUUCCCUUGGCUCGAUAUACGAAUUAACCGAAGAAAAAUUGACCAAUGCAUUGAAAACUAUUUUAAAUGAUCCAUCUUACAUGACAAACAUAAAAAAACUGUCAGAAACUUUCAAAGAUAGGCCAGAGCCAGUAAUGAACAAGGCCACGUAUUGGGUAGAAUACGUGAUAAAACAUAAAAAUCUUUUACAAUCUCCAGCAAUAUUUCUUCCAUGGUGGCAAAGAUAUUUGUUUGACGUUUAUGGAACAAUAAUUCUCGUUCUAAUUCUAGUCACGUUACUUGUAAUUUAUCUUAUCAAAUUAAUAGUGAAAUUUGUUUUCGGAAAGAAUCGACAGAAGGUGGAGAAAAAUUUAAAAAAGAAAAAAAAUUAAUUUAGGUAAUUAAACAACAACAACAACAAAGAAAUAUAUUACAAGUGCCAUUGUACGCGAGCAACAAUUAAAAAACUUGUUGUUUUUAAUAAUAAUUACGUCGUUAUUAAAAAUACAAUCUAUCAUUAAAUAAUAUUACUUGUAUAUGAUUGGGAAUAAAAAAACAAAAAAAA